AAAAUCCUUGCGUAACCGUGCGUCAGUCAUCGCAGAGUGAUGGCGGAGGUGGAUGAAACGGACAUUAUGAUGAACUACCACGGAGAUUUUUUGAAAGGCGACAGAAAACACACCCGUUACCCUUACUGCAUCGUUUGGACCCCCAUCCCCAUGCUAUCGUGGGUGCUUCCCUUCAUUGGUCACAUGGGCAUAUGCACGUCGACUGGAGUAAUCCGGGAUUUUGCAGGGUCAUAUUAUGUAUCAGAGGACAACAUGGGGUUUGGAAGGCCAACAAAAUACUGGAAAUUAGAUGUUGAUAAGGUCUGUGGAAACGGUGCUGCUACGUGGGAUAAAGCUGUCCAUGAUGCAUCAGAAGAGUACAAAUCUAGGCCGCACAAUCUUUGCUUUGAUAACUGUCAUUCUCAUGUUGCAAUGGCUCUGAACCUGAUGCGCUACGAUAACAGCACAUCCUGGAACAUGAUGAACCUGUGUGCGCUGUCUCUGGUUCAUGGGAAACAUGUGAGCUGGGCUGCAUUUUUCAAGACCUGGCUGCCUUUCAUCAUGCUCAGUGGAGUCCUCACUACUUUUAUCCUGACAUUCAACUUACACUAAUGAGCGCCAUGACUCAAAGACUUGCAGCUACCAGUUCCAUAUUAAUAAAAGACAGUGAAGAAUGUGUUUGACAUUGUGGCUAAUGUAUUCUCCCAUGAUGAUUCACUCAGAAUUCAUCAUUUACCUGUGUGGCAAUUUGACUGGCUACCAAAGAUGAAAAUUAUAUGGGUCCGUAUGUAUAUUACAGUAUACGCCCAGUACAGUA